AUGGAGACUGUCCAGCUUUCAGUCUGCCCGGACAACACGCUGGGGCCCUGGGCUGGGCCUGGUUGUCGUGGCGGCUUCGACUUCACUCUGCUUUUUGAGGAAGCGGCUCUCAGUUUGCCCGUGCAUGCCGUCUUCCUUCUGGCCGUACCUGUUCGAAUUCUUCAACUGGUCCGGCUGCCAACCAGGGCGUCGUCUGGCCCCCUACGCGUUUUGAAAGCGAUAUCUGCCGUGUCAUUAGCAGCACUCAACAUCGCGUUGGUCGGGCUUUGGGCGAGAGACGGGGGUUAUGCCGUUACCAACACUCGGGCAAGCACAGCAAAUGCAGUACUGGCUUUCGUCGCGUCCGUCGCCGUGUGCGCUCUAACAUGGCUUGAGCAUGACCGCUCCCGGCGGCCCGCGUCGCUCUUGUCCAUUUACCUCUACUUGUCUGUCUUGCUCGAUCUAGCCCGCACUCGCACUCUCUGGCUGCUCGAUCCCGGAAGUUCUGCCAUUGCUGCGCUCUUCACGACCACUCUGGUGAUGCGACUUGUCACCGCUGCACUUGAGUCUUUUCAGAAGGGGGCCUCGGCCAACAUCGACGACAAGGUGUCCACUCCAGAGGCUAUUCGAGGCCCAUUAAGCACCGCGACUUUUACUUGGCUUCUACCGUUACUACGGGGCGGAUACAGGAAGGUGUUCUCAGUCAACGACUUGUACCCCGUGGAUGAGUGGCUCAGCUCAAAGGACCUACACGAGACUCUCCAGAGGGAGUGGGAGAAAGUGCCGAACAAGGCUGCUCCUAAUGCGCUUCUGUUCACAUGGCUGCGCGUCUUCGCCGGUGCUUUCUGGGCCCCUGCGGUUCCUAGACUCUUCAUCAUCGCGUUCACAUAUGCCCAGCCCUUCCUCAUCCAGGCCGCGGUUGAGUUUGCGUCUGCGCCGAAAGGCAUGCCUUACGACAAUUACGGCUACGGCCUUAUUGGCGCCUUCUUCCUUGUCUACGCAGGCAUGGCGAUCUCCGUUGGUCAAUUCUACUGGCGCCUCCGCCGCAUGAUCUCCAUGACAAGAAGCAGCGUGGUCGGGCUCAUCUUCAACGAGUCUCUGCUCAUCGACCCUCACGGACCAGGCGCGAACCCUCUCGGUGCGCUGACACUCGCCAACGCGGACACUGACGCAGCUCAGCAGGGCCUCUACCAGGCCCACGAUCUCUGGUCGAGCAUUGUCGAGAUUGUGAUUGCUGACUACUUGAUUUGGCGCCAGAUGGGUGCCGCUUGUGCUGUCCCCAUUGCGGUGGCUGUUCUUGCUGUGGUUGUCUCUUCUCUGGUUGCCGCACCUACCGGCGCGGCUCUUGGUGUCUGGCUGGUGGCUAUUCAAGAGCGUGUCGUCAAGACUGCUACUACCCUUGGUGCGGUCAAGUGGAUGAAGAUGGCAGGUCUUGCGGACCCGGCCUUCCAAGGCAUCCGCAACCUUCGACUGAAUGAACUCAAGGUCUCCUUGAAAUAUCGCAUUCUCGCUGGAGGGUCUAUGGUCGUCCUCAUGUUUGCGCCGGUUUGGAGUCCUAUCCUGACGUUCAGUUUGUACACUGGACUUGCAGCCAGGGAUGGCACUAUCUUGUCCCCGGCGACAAUUUUCACAGCCUACUCGCUGAUUUCUCUGUUGAGUGGUCCUCUCUUGACGCUCACCCUGACCAUCCCCGUCAUUUUUGGCUCCAUUGCAGCAUUCGGCCGUAUACAGGCCUUCCUGAACGGCCAACGCAGGACAGACACGCGUAACCUGGUCGGUGAGGGCCCAGCCUUGCCGCAUGUGGAUGUCGAUCCGAGCAAGAUGCUCGAUACCUCAACUGUCCACACAAUCGCCAAGACGGAAGGCUCAUCCUCCAGCAACGACACCAUCGCCACGCUGCAAGGCACCUUCCGUUGGACCGCGGACGCAGAGCCUGUCCUCGACAUCCAGGAUCUCCGCAUACCCCGGAAGAAAGUUACGGUGAUUCUGGGUCCUGUGGGUUGCGGCAAGUCGACGCUGCUCAAAGCUAUCCUGGGUGAGCUGUGCGGCUUUGAGGGAACCAUUCGCACGAACUACGCCGGGGUGGCAUAUUGUGACCAGAAUCCCUGGAUCCCUAACGACACGGUCCGGAGACUAAUCACUGGUUGGGGCGAAAUCGACGAGACCUGGUAUCAAAGGGUCCUCAAGGCGAGCGAGCUCCAGCAUGAUCUUGGCAUCUGGCCGGCUGGUGAUCAAACCCAGACCGCAUCUGCUGGAUUAGCCAUGAGUGGCGGCCAGAAGCAUCGCCUGGCCCUCGCCCGAGCGGUUUACUCUGGUAAAGAACUCAUUGUUUUAGAUGAUCUGUUCAAAACCCUCGAUGCUUCGACCGAGUCUCGUGUGUUGGAGAAUCUCUGGGGCACUGAAGGCUUCCUCCGCGCUAGCGGCACGUCGACAAUCUUGGCGUCCUCGGAUGACAAGCAUAUGGCAUAUGCAGAUUAUGUUGUUGCGCUGGAUGAGAAAGGCCAUGUCAAGGCUGAGGGCUCACCCGAGGAGGUCAGCGAAGUCUUGGGCAUCCCUGCUCCUCAGCGCUGCGCUCCGAUUACCGAGCAGGCCAAGGAAGAGAAAUCAUCCGAAGCUACCCUUGCACCUACAUCUGCUAGCCCUGCUGCGCCAGUCGCCCCUGUAGUCGAUGAAGAGUUCACGGAGCAGGCGCGUCGGCUCGGCGACAAGGGCACUCUCAGAGAAUACGCUUUUGCCGCUGGAUGGCCUACCUUGAUAAUGGUUGCACUGAGCUUGGCUGCCUAUGCGUUCUGCGGAUCGUUUCCUACAAUCUGGCUUGGAUGGUGGGCAGAGCAGAGCGCAUUAGAUCCCUACACGCCGAUCGGCAAGUGGCUCGGAAUCUAUGUCUUGCUUGGUGUUGGCUCACUUGCUGGUGCUGCACUGGCCAUCUGGCUCUUCAUGGUCGUGAUUAUCAAUAAGUGCGGCGUCAUCUUCCACGAACGAUUGCUUAACGCUGUUUCCAAAGCGCCUUUGUCUUUCUUCUCCUCAGUCGACGCUGGCACCACUCUGAACCGUUUCAGCGAGGAUAUCCGCCUUAUCGACAUGGAAGUUCCGACAGCCGUGUACGGCAUGGGAACUACUGGCGCGGUCCUCCUGGCCCAGUUCGCCAUUCUGGCCUAUAUCACCAAGUACAUCGCCGUAGUGAUUCCUAUUCUUGCCCUGGUUUUCUAUUUCGUGCAGCAUUUCUACCUGCGCACCUCUCGCCAGCUGCGUCUGUUGGACAUUGAGCUCAAGGCACCCGUGUCAUCCAAGCUGCUCGAACUGUCGAGCGGCCUCGUGUCCAUCAGGGCCUUCCAGUGGCACGACAAGAUGCUCGACCAGAGUCUUGCCGUUCUCGACGAGUCGCAGAUCCCCUGCUACCUGCUCGGGAGCGUCCAGUGCUGGCUCAACUUCUCCAUUGAGAUGAUGAUGCUGGUGCUCGCUCUGGUCUUCAUUGUCAUAACCACCGUGCUCCGUCAAGACACUGGCGCGGUCAACAUGGGUGUCGGUUUGACCAGUCUCUUAUCCAUCAACGGCUCGGUCAAGCUCAUCAUCAACUUCUGGGUCAUGCUUGAGAAUGCCCUUGGCGCCAUCGCCCGCGUGUCUCGCUUCUCAAAGGUCAUGGACAAGGAUGAAGCUGCUGGAACCACACCUCGAGCUGCACCACAAGACCCAAAGUGGCCAGCUGCUGGUGUUAUCGAGGUCCGCGAUAUCGUGGCUUCGUACCCGUCGUCAGGAGUCUGCCUCGACAAGAUUUCUUUCACAGUCAAUCCUGGUCAAAAGAUUGCCGUCUGUGGCAGGACCGGAAGUGGCAAGAGCUCUCUCGUGCUCUGCCUCUUGGGCAUGAUGGACACGGACACCGGCUCAGUCGUGAUCGACGGGGUGGACAUCGCGACCUUGCCCCGGGACUACGUGCCGACCCGCGUCGUGGCCUGCCCUCAGGAGGCGCACAUCAUGCACGACACGAUCCGGCGUAACGUGGACCCCCUGGGCGUUGCUGACGAUGCCAAGAUCCGCGAUGUGCUCGAGAGAGUGCAGCUGUGGGCCACGGCAGAGGCAGUCGGCGGGUUGGACACCGUCAUCUUCCAGGAGGCCUUGUCACCCGGUCAGGCGCAGUUGCUGGUUCUGGCACGCGCCAUGUUGCGUGACAGCAAGAUUCUGAUCCUGGACGAGCCCACUAGAAGCCUGGACGCGACGAUGACUGAGCUUGUCCGCGGCAUCAUCAACGACUGGUUCGCAAACUGGACCGUCAUCUCGGUCACGCACAAUGUCGACGACCUUCUGGACUACGAUGCAGUUGCCGUUCUGGACGAUGGCAAGCUUGUCAGCUAUGGCCCGCACGUUCCAGAGCCUGUCGCAGAAGCUGUGGAGCAGAUCUGA